AUGAAGGGCUUUAUCGGUGGAAUCCCUGUGGCAUUGCUGGCAGUUGCUGCCCAGGCCAAGUUUGCUGAACGUCACGAGCAUGACUUCCAUCCCCAGGCUGGUGGGACUGCUAUCGGUGGACCUUCAGGCAAUGAUGAUUUCCGCCCCCAGACUGGUGCUACCGCCGUCAAUGGACAUUCUGGCCAUGGUGACUUCCAUCCCCAGGCUGGCGGUACCGCGAUCGGUGGGCCUUCUGGGAAUGAUGGCGACGAUGGCUUUGUCAGCCCCUACUCUGCCAAUAUCAAGACCGAUACCAAGGUGAACCAGUGGAACAAGGAUGACCACUCCAUCAAGCUGAAGCACACCGAUGUGUAUCCCCGCCCUCCCGUGGCCCCUGUGCCGUUUGGCCACCCGGGUGUCCCCAGCGGACCCCAGGUCCCUGGAAUGGGACCUUUCGGCAAGGGAAAGCGUGGUGCUCCAGGUGGAACUGCAAUCGGCGGCCCCUCAGGCAAUGAUGAGGGACAGAGCUUUGAUAUGUCUGUGACUGGUAUUUUCAACACCGAGGUCGAGGAUGUCAACAAGGAUGAUCAUUCCAUCGAUGUCAAGAACAAGCAUGUCCACCCUGUUGCCGUUGUGCACCCUCCCCCUCAAUUCAAUGGACCCCCUCGUGGCGGCUACCGUGGUCCUGCUGGUCCGCCUUCCGCUGGCUUCAACACUCCUCCAGGGGCCUUCGGGAAGCGCUUCGGGCCUCCUCACGCAGGUGGCACCGCCAUUGGCGGCCCCUCUGGCAACGAUGGUGGACAGAGUUUCAGCGCUCCGACUUACAUUCAGACCGACACUAACGUCAAGGAGCACAACGAGGACGACCAUUCUAUCAAGCUGAAACAUGAGGAUAUCUACCCACGUCCUCAUGGCCAUGGCUUCGUUCCCUUCCGUCGCUCCGAGAACCAUGGACCUCCUGGUCACGGCGGGGCUCCACCUCCGGGUCACUUCGAGCCUCACGCUGAGCCUCAUUUCGAGCCUCACACGGAGUCUCACUUCGAGCCUCACUCCGAGCCCCACUACGAGCCUCACCCGGAACCUCACUUCGAGAAUCACCCUGAGCCACACUUCGAGAACCACCCGGAACCUCACUAUGCGCCUCAUUACAGCCCCAGCUAUGAGCCUCACUAUGAGCCCCACACCACAGUGGAGCAUGAGCUUACUUCGUUGAAAAAUAACAACAACGGCCCCUCGGCUGGCAGUAUCGCUUUUGGUCGCCGCGGGUUCCCUGGCGGCCCGGGUGGUCCUGGUGGACCUGGCGGCCCUGGUGGCCCUGAGUCUCACUUCGAGCCUCACUCUGAGCCUCACUUUGAGCCUCACACCGAGUCACACUAUGAGCCUCACUCGGAGCCUCAUUACGCACCUCACCCCGAGCCUCACUUCGAGAACCACCCCGAGCCCCACGUUGAGAACCACCCCGAGCCUCACUACGAGCCUCACUACAGCCCCAGCUACGAGCCUCACUACGAGCCUCACACUACACUCGAUUAUGAGUUGACUUCCUUGAAGAACAACAAUAAUGGUCCUUCCGCUGGAAGCAUCGCUUUUGGUCGUCGCGCGUAUGCCCCUACCCCGGAGACCAGCGUUGGCGGUGGUACCGCAAUCGGAGGGCCUUCUGGCAAUGACGGUGGUAGCGGUUUCUCCACUCCGACUAACAUUGAUCUUACCACCGGUGUGAACGAGCAUAACGAGGACAACCAUGCCAUCAAGGGUGACUUCACCCACGUCCACCCCGAUGCUCCCGCUGAGUACUCCCGUGAGGAUCAUGUUGAUGCUCCUGAGUGCGCUGCCCAGGUGCACGAGGUUGUUCACACCGUCACCAAGACCCAGUACAAGACUGCUGAGGCGACGCACAUGGCCUACCAGUCGGCGCCCGUUGUGGAUACUGAUCCGUUCUCCGGCUACGCUCCUCAGGAGUCCUUCACCCCCGUUCCCUACGCCGACUAUCCCCAGCACUCUGCCGGAGCUGACCCCUACGCCUCUCCCGCUCCUGCUCCUUCCAACUUUGUUUCCGGCCACCCUUCCUACCCCGUGCCCGCGGGUGAGUCCGUGGUCCGAGCGCAUGCGCCUAUGGCCACCCCCGUUGCAAGUUCUAGCGCCGACUACGAAAACUACCCUCAGCACCCUGUAGGGGCUGAUCCCUACGCCGCCUCAGCUUCCGCCCCCUACAACUAUGCUUCCCAGCGUCCCUCGUACUCGAAGAUCGCCGUGCAUGUUCCUAUGGCUACCCCCGCCUCCAACGCCGCACCGUCCAAUAGCAUGGGCAAGAUGAUCCCUACUGGUGCCUCCGCUGAGCAGAAGGCUUCUCCCUCGUCCUCCGCGUCGGCUUCUGUAUCUCAUGGAAUCAUGUUCCAGGGUAACGCUGCUCGCGUUUCUGGAGGCAUUGUCUCUGCCGCUGCUGCUGUUAUGGGUGUCCUUGCCUUCAUUCUAUAG